AUUGUUAACAAAAUCACUUACCUUUUUUUUUUCUUUUACAGGAAUGUUCGGAAAACGUUAUCUGAACAGUAUUACAGUACCGUAAUUCUAUUUAUUGGCGGUAUGUGAUGGAGAAAGUAUUCGGUUGAAUGACUGCCUUGACCAUAAAAAUCUUUGGGAUGGGAGAAGGGAGCGGGUCGGAAGACAUAAUCUCACUUUUUACUUUUAUUUUUACCGGUGUUACGUUGGGCGCAGCGCGCUAAUACGUGAGAACGGAAAGGCACAAGGGAACCAAGUUUAUACUGCCGUCCGUGUAGUUUGGCUUGCGACUUUUUAAAUCUGGGAAAACGACAAGAAGAAAAAAGCCAAUGACUCGUUUCCGUAAUUGUCCAGUCUUCAUCCAACAGCCUCCGAAGCAAUUCAUUGACCAGCUCUUCGUAUUCACUGAAAGUGGAGAGAGUGCUGACAUUAGUUUAUUUGGAAAUUUCAUGAACGUCCAAUAUGGUUUCACUCGCAAUUGAAAAGGCAGUGCGUCAUCCUUUCUUCGUCUUGCUCAGCUUGUACGCCGUCAUUUCUUUCGCCUCGGCAGGUAUUGCCAUAGGAAGCCGAGUGCACAAUACAACGGAUCCGCCAGAGUUUAAGUUGUCAAUUGGAAAAUAUGAGGGAAAUUCGUACCCGAAUACUUACCACAAUCGGCAAAUUCGCUUCCGUCCAGUUCGCGUCCGCCCAAUUAAAAGUCCGCGCCCAGUCAGUUGGAAUCAAUACGAUGCAUGUGGAGGCAACAUCCUUGUUCCCUUGUCCAAUGAUCGAAACAUCUUGAUUGAACAAACCUACAAAUCAACCGAUUUCCCGUCUGGACGCACCCACCCUUUAGUUUGUUCCUGGAAGGUUGAGGUGAGCAAUACAAAUUGCAAUCGCGGCCUAGUCACGAUGACAGUAGACGAACUGAGCCGGUUGUCGGAUGAAGAGGGAUGUCUCAAUGGAUAUUAUCGAGUGUCUCCGUUUAUGAAAGAAGCCAAAAUUUGUGGACGUAUUGGAACUGUUCCGCCUUUCCAAUGGCACGUUGACGACCAACAAACUGAAAAUGUCACCAUUAAUUUGAAGCAUAUCGGCCUCAACGAUGGGGAUUCUGAAGGGCUGUCGUUUACAUUAACAGGCGAGUGUCUGCCUAACGAAGUGAACGUGACCAUUGACGGAUCCAGGUUGAAUUCCAAUAGUUAUUGGCUGGUAAAGGAUCCUGAGGAUUACGGUGUGCCCACCGUAGUCUUAUCAGGCGACGAAUCGAAUAGCAACGAAACCUUGUCGGAUACUCGUGAAUUGAAAGAUGGUCCAUCUGAGACUCUGGCAACCACAACGUUGUCAAGUUUAAAUGUUACACUGGGGUUUAGUAUGGAUUACUACCGUAAUCGUAAAUCGACUGCCCCUCAAAUUUCAGAAACACCAACGACACCCUCACCAAACUCCACGCCGAGGAUUGCUCGCCCACCGUCGCAUAUUAAAUCAACUUCUUUGACAACUCCAGUGACGAAACGGCCAUCUAAUCGCAAUCCAUCAACUCGUGUUCCAUCCACAACCAUCCGCCCACACACUAGACGCCCAACCGCUCAAUUAUCCCGGCCAACUACCACAACCAAGCGUCCAGCUACCACGAAGAAACGUCCAGCUACCACGUCAAAGCGUCCAACGACUCGUGCUCCAAUUACGAAAAAUUCAAUGACCAAAAGCCCUGUUACGAAACGGCCAAUGAACCGUCGUCCGCCAGUUACCCCCAAAACUCCGGCAAUGCGUGUUCCCUCGACUACGAUCCGCCCAGCAGUUAGACAUCCUCCGACUAAUAGUCCAGCGUCCAACGACCAUUCCGAGAUCCCGUGGCUCAUAUUGAAGUCUCCUCAACCUGAGCACGAGUUCUCCUCAUCCGUGAUAUACUCGCAAAAGCUAGUUGAUGCAUCUGUGAAUAAAAUUGCACCGAUGGUAGUGAGCGGUAAGGGUGAAAUCCCCUGGCUCAUUCUAAAAACACCCCACCACAACCAAUUGCUGUCCAAAGUUGAUCCAGCUGGUUUACCAACAACUACCAAGAGUGCCUACACCAAAACUCCCACUAAAACCACUGCGAAGACUCCUACGAAGACUCCUUCGAAGACUCCUUCGAAAACUCCUUCGAAAACUCCUUCGAAAACUCCUUCGAAAACUGUUGCAAAGACCCCAACGAAAACCACCACAAGAACUUCCUACUCAAGUUCUAUUAGAAACCCAACGAAAAGCCCCACCAAGAGUCCAACUAAGAAACCGGUGACGAAUCCUGCAAAGAUUCAUACGAGAACUUCUAUCAAAAGUGCUACGGGUCCAUCAAAGAGCCCAUCAAAGAACCCAGCAAAGAACCAAGCAAAGAACCCAUCAAAGAACCCAGCAAAGAGCCCAUCAAAGAACCCAGCAAAGAACCCAGCAAAGAACCCAGCAAAGAACCCAGCAAAGAACCCAGCAAAGAACCAAGCAAAGAGCCCAACUGUAAGUACUUCUAGAAGUCCACCCUCCAAUAAAUCACCAAUCAACAGUCCGGCUGCACAAGACUUUUCGGCCACACAAACCAAAUGUCCAGAGUCAUCGGCAUUUAAUAAUCUUUCAUCAACUGCAAUCCACCCCUUCACACGUCGUCCACCAGUUCGAAUUCUACCGCCGAGCUGGGAUCAGUAUGAUACCUGUGGUGGAACCAUCAAUGUUCCGUUAUCCUUUGAUCGGCUAUCGUCCUACGAGUCUUCUCAGUUCCCAGCUGGGCGCAACUUUCCUCUAGUCUGCACGUGGACCGUCAAGGUGAGAACCACCAAUUGCAUUCGUGGACGAAUCACUUUAAGGGUUGACGGACGCAGUCGACUGGCCGACGUAAAAGGAUGCACCAAAGGCUAUUUUAGCGUCUUCCCAUUCCUCAUGCAAGCCAAAAUCUGCGGUCGUAUUGGAAUCGCUCCGCCCCUGCACUGGUACGUCGAAGAGCAGCAGUCCGAAGACGUCACCAUUGUUAUGGAGAACGUCGGACUGGACGACGGUCGUUCGGAAGGUUUCUCAUUUAGCCUUCAAGGCGAAUGUAUUUCGAAUAAAGCAGAUAAAACGACGAAACUGGAUGUCGACGUGGAAAAUUUCUGGUCGCAUAAUCGUUGGAUGAAUCGACUGUCGGAGGACUUUCUGACAGGAGAUGGUCCCAGGGUGGUUGCGCCGGGCGUAUUUGCUUCCACAAUCACGUUGCCCUUGCAGGAAUUCGAAACUGAUGACACAAGUGCUUCGUUGGACUCGAUCGAAUACGAAGACUACAGCGAUGUGACGACGGAGGCCACAACCGUCCAACAUCCCAUUACCAGUGAACCUUGGACGUUUUUUAACCCAGAAACGACUGUGGAACCCGAGCAGCUCUACACAACUGUUCGUCCCUCAACCACGACAUCGUCUUAUCAUCAACUUCCAUCAACUACGGUUCCUCAAGUCACUCACCGUUCGACAACUACUACGCAGCCAACAACUAGGACGCAGCCAACAACUACUACGCAGCCAACGACUAGUACUGCUAUUACCAAAAGACCAGUUACUUCGACCACUAGUACCGAGAUCCCAUGGCUCAUCUUGCAAUCUCCCGAUCCUAAUCAGGGACCCAUUGUCCGCCCUAAAUCAACUACAAAACACCCGGCCGUCUUCAGUCAACAAACUGUCCCUCCAUCAGUAGUUACUCGCCGACCAGCUACCCAGUAUCCCGUUACUAGGUUCCCGUUAACCACCGUGCGACCGACUACCACCACCCGAUCUCCACCGACUAAAAUGCGCCCAGUUUCCUCUACCAGUAAGCCGAGCAUCCCGUGGCUUAUUUUGAAGUCUUCCUUCUCCAAUCAAACCAACAAUUCUUCGUCAGGCAGUAAAAACACGACGAACAACGCACAAUCGUCGAUGAGACCACCGUCAUCAGAACCGAACGUAGGGAAGCCGCCAAUAGGAUUUUAUAACACCGAAUGGCACACUGACAGCUCGUCAACUUACGUGCCAACUUUAAACGGUGGUCAACUCCGAGUCGAUACGUGCCAAGGGAACAUAGUUGUACCUUUGACGUCUGAUCCGAAAACACACAAAGAAUUCAUCUCCUUGAAAUCGACGUGGUUUCCCUUUAAUCGCAUCACUCCGCUUAUCUGUUCUUGGAAUGUCAAGGCGAGCAAAAAUUGUCGUCGUGGCGUCAUUACUAUGACUAUCGAUGAACGCAGUCGACUUGCUGAUGAUGCGGAAUGUCUGAGAGGAUAUUACCGGGUGGCUCCGUUCAUGAAUGACUCCAAAAUUUGCGGGCGUGUCCACACUGUUCCAGCCUUCCAGUGGUACGUUGACCAUAAUCAACCGGAGGAUGUCAGUAUUAUCUUGAAACAUGUAGGACUCAAUGACGGCUAUUCCGAGGGCCUGUCGUUUACGCUAUCAGGUGAAUGUCUUACCGAAAAAUCGGAUUUGACGAAAAGUAAAGCCGUUCAUUCCUACAACGAUUGGAUGCAACAGCUCGCGAGUCAAUCUCGAAACCUUGGUGUUCCUACCGUGAUCUUACCAGACGUCUAUUUUACAAGCACUAGUGGAUCAUCCUUUUCGGAUGCUUAUCCAGAGGCCAAAAACGAUCCUGAAGACAUCUCUAGUACUCCUUCAUUGGCAAAACAAAGUCAAGAGACAUCUCCGAACACUGCUCUAAAAUCGCCCAAUCCCAUUCUUUCCCUGUCGUCGUUUUAUUCCAAUAUCAGCAGCACUGAUCCUGUUCACUUUGCGAACGCUUCCCAUGACGAUCUUGAAGAUCUUUGGCUGAUCCUGCAAUCUCCAAGUUCCAGGCAAUCUUUACCUAUCCCGUCAGAGGAUGAAUCCAAUAAUGUCAGCCUGGAAGUUUCCAAAACGCCCAGUAUCCCUGUGGAUAACAUUUUUGAUGACGCUCUAUCAUAUAUUACCAGACUGUUAAAUGAAACAAAAAAGAUAAGUAACCCACUAAAGAAAAGGCGACAGUAGCUUAUCGAAGAGGAAAUAUGUUAAGUCUUGCGUAAGUCAAAGAUUUAAAAGCAUAAUAUGUUUCCAUGGGUUAACUAAGUCUUCUAAUAUCAUGAAAAAUCAUCCAAUAGGAAGGCAAACGACUGCUAAAUUAUGUUGGUGAUGGGCUUUAUUCGGUAGUGGUUUUCGCAGAUAAUCUGCAGAGUUUUUCCUUUGUGUGUACAUACGGUUCAUCCUCAGAUGUGGUGAUUUGCCUUUUCUUUAACUUCUAAUGAAUUCGUAAAAAGUAUGAUUGAAUAAAUCAAAUGGAUGCAA